AUGUGGAUGGAGCCUCGGCGGGCAAUCCGGGGACUCGCAGGUGCUGGUGGCAUCAUCUGGGAUGAGUGUGGUAAGUGGGCUGCGGACUUCGUUUCCAAGAUUGGGAACGCUUCGGCAGCCCUUGCCGAGCUUUGGGCUAUCUUUUAUGGGCUUCAUCUUGCCCGAAAAGUGGGGUGCGCGUACUUUAUUGUUGAGUCAGACUCUCAAUUGGCCAUCAGCUUGAUCAAUGGUCGUCAUGAUCUGGGGCACCCCUAUGCUUCGCUCCAGGCAUCGAUCCGGAGGUUUAGCUCAGGAUUGGUUGGUUUGCAUGGAUCAUGUUUACCGGGAAGGGAAUAUAGUCGCGGACUGGCUCUCGAAGCACAGUCUCGUCUAUCCUCCUGGUAUGCAUGA